AUGGACAACAGCCUACUUGGAACACUGCCGGCGGAACUUCGCCUCGAGAUCUACCGGUUGGUGAUGCUCAUAGGGACCACAUUUUCCAAGACCAAGUCCUCCAAGCCGAACCCUUCCAAGCCGUCCGGACCCAAACCACCCACGGUCGAGAUUACCGAAACCGGGUAUGCCAGACUUGAAAUCAACUCCUUAGGAGUUUCAGCACCACCCCUUCUCCUCACUUGCAAAGACAUCCGCUCGGAGGCCCUGCCAGUCUUCUACCAAGAGAUCUGUUUCGUCAUUACUCUGGAUGGCUUCAACCCGGAAACAAUGCUAAAGUGGUACGACCAUUGCCUCAAGCCUCCUGCCGAAGUCUUGCCAAAAGUGUGGCACGACUUCAUGAUCGCCAGGCCAGUUGAUCGAAACUGGGACAACCUGAUGCGUUGGGCUCAGUUGUAUCACUCCAACGUACUCAUCCAACCGGCUUUCACUGCCGCAGACGCAGAACGGCAAGCCGCAACGCCCGGGUGGCUUGCUGCAUGGCAGAAGAAAUACACGGAGAUGCAAAUCAUCGCCGAGAUGUUCCGCAAGGUCGCGGUGCUGCGGGCAGAGCCCAGGGAACUUGUCCGGCAGCAUUUAAAUCAUGACCGUGUCGAAUUGGCGAGGAGAGGACAUGAAGAUUGGGACCCCGGGAUGAAGCACUGUCUCGCAUACAGGGUGAGACUGGGCAGGCGAGGAGGGUUGGGGUGGGGACCGACUUUCAUCGAGGAUCGGGAUGGGCGUGGCGGCAGGUUGAGAUUCUAG